AUGCAUUUCUCAGCUUUCGCCGCACUCAUCGCCAUCUCUGGCUUCACUUCCGCAAGCCCCAACGGCUGGUCCAAGACCAAAGAAGCAGACGACAGCCCCUCCAAGCUCGACGACUGCGGCUGCUGGCCUAUCUACCAGGCUAUGCUAAAGUGCCAAAAGCUGAAAUGGCCUAAGGAGGAAACGCGCGACUGCGUGUGCAUUCCGAACCCGGAUGGUUGGUACGGUUCUAUGGAUGGCUGCCGUACUUGUCUGAGCUCCAACUCUGAGCAUGAAUUCUUCGAUAAUACUGCCAAGCUCGUCACUCAGCUGUUCGUCUCGUGUACCAACGCUGGCGGCGGCGUUACCAGCGAUGGAAACAGUAUCUGCGCUAGCAAUGCAUAUCGCGAGGCCUGUGUAUCGCUAGGAACGAAUGGAAAGCCCAGCUGGGCAAGUUUUGAGCAGGAGGGAGUCAGUGGAAAUGGAACCUACGUGUUGGAUAUCAAGGAAUUCGGCGCAGAUGAUGAUGAGUCUACAUCUACGUCUGUGAUUAGUGCAAAGACAACCACCAAGACGAGCGCUGCUGAAUCCACUGGUAGUACUGAGGCUACGACCGUGGCAGUGGCUGCUACUACUGGUACCACCGAGGCAUCGUCAGGCAGCGCUACUUCGGAUGCGACAUCGGGAACUGAGACUCCUGUUGCAUCGGCUACAACAGCGCCAAACUCUGGCAUGAGACUUGCUAGUCAUGGAGCUGUUGGCGUGGGUCUGGUCGCUGUCGUUGGUGCUAUCUUGCUUUAG